AUGAUUUACACUAAAGUGAAUGGAAAACAAGUUUAUACCACUAUAUUAAUAUGUACGGUACUCUCAACUACGUGCGCCGAACCGGAACCGAAGAAAUAUAAGCCUGAAAUAAAAGAAAAGGAUAAAGAGGCAGAUUCAAGUUUAACAGAGGAAGAACGGCAGUUUUUAAGAGAAGUUGAAGCCAAAUUUGGCGUUAAGGAUGAUGUUUUGAAUGAAAGUAAAAAGAAUAAUAAAGAAAAACCUGAAGAAAAAAUAGAAGACAAGUCACAACUAGAAGCUAUUAAGCCACCGUUUCCAGCUGUAAUUGCAAUCGAAAUAGUUAAUGAUACAGAUACUGAUACACAAUCUAAAGGAAAGCGAACAAUUGAUGCUAAUCUUGGCUAUGGUUAUAAAACCAAUAAUGGAUACUCAUAUACGUAUUUAGGGAAAUCAGGACAAGAAAAAGGAAAGUUUAUGAUUUAUCCCUAUUCUCAAGAAGAUAUUCCACCUCCAAAUCCAAGAGACUAUCAAUCACAAAAUUUACCAGCGAAUGUUGAAAUUCAACCAUCUCGUGCUUUUGAAUUGGUCGAGCAACAAUCUUAUCAGCAGGCAAAACAAUCAUCAGAUCCAAGAACUAAUUACGAUACAAUCAAAGGAUUAGUAUCACCUCCUCCAGCUUAUUCAGCUCCUGAUCCAAUACAAACAUCAACUCCAACUACUACUCUAUACACUACUUACAAUGGGCAAGGACUAUCAGAUUUAAGUGGAAAAUUUCCUGUUGUAAUGCCAAACUAUUUCAUAGAUUCAUCACAGCUGUUGAAAUAUCCCCAAUACCAAAGUGCAGGUAUAACUCAGGAUCAUUUGCGUGCACAAGGUGCUCCAGUUCAGCAAAGAGUGGUUCCAGUUUUAGUUUUAAGAAUCCCAAGCUCCUACCUUAAAAACCCCACAGCGGAAUUAUAUCCAAAUUUACCUCAGAACUAUCCCUUAUCUCAGUACCUAAAUCAUGUAAAUUUGCAAGAAGUAGUUAACAAUUAUUUUAAGAAAAUAGGAUAUUCUGUCGCACCUCAAGUAAGCACAUAUCAAAAUACUCAUGUUCCUGAAACUCUACCAGUACCAGUUUCAACGCCUGUAACUAAUUAUGAACCACAGACCUAUGCCACUCCUUAUGUACAACCGUCAUACACUCAAGCUGAUGUUUCUGGUGUUCAGUAUUCAGCAGUUAAACCGGUAAUGGCUAGAUAUCCUCAAACAUAUAUGCGGCCACAUUAUUAUAUUCCACCACCUCAAUUUACUUACCAACAACCUGCUCAUUCCGCUUAUCAACAACCUAUUUACGUCGCUCAACCCGUAUACCAACAACCUGCUCAACAGUAUCAAUAUACGUACCAAUAUGUACCCAAAUCUAUUCAACAACAAGCUUACUAUAUCCAGCCACAGUAUCAUCAAUCUGAGCAACAAGUAGCCUCACAAGAGGCACAACAGGAACAGGCUACUGUUAGUCAGGAAACAAAUGUCCAAAACUCAGCCGGUCAGGUGGAAUAUGGAGUUCCCCAACAAGAAACAGUCCAAGUAACUCCUGCAACUCCGAUUACUGAACAUGGUACUUCAGAACCACAAACAGUUGAAUUAAAUGCAGCAGCUCAACCAGCGGUAGCCCAAUAUGAAACUACUAACUCAGUUUCUCAAGAAUAUGGCGUUCCGAAACAACAAAACGUGGAAUACACUAUAAGACACGCAGCAUCUCCAGAUCCAGGUCCUACUAAAGUAACAAUCCCCGUGUAUACUGUCCCUCAACAUACAAUAACUCAGCAAUAUAGUGUACCUCAACAAGUUGUUCAAAAGGAGGUAAUAUCUGUGUAUCAGCCAUCACAAUCAGGACAUAUACCUCGUCAUAAUUUUAAUUUACACACGGAGGCUGGAGCGACAGAUACACAAAGUUAUAUAUAUAAAAAACAAGUGACUCCUGAUAAUGCUGAGAACUUAGUAUUGACUGAGAACUAUCCUAGUAAAGAUCACACAAUCGCCACAGUUUUACCGCUUAGUUACAAGCUUAAUAAAAGGCCUCAAAGUGCAGCAGUCCAAUCUGUCAGCUACGUAACUCCGAUGCCGUUUUCUUCUAAAUAUCAGUCUCAGUAUAGAAUAAUGGUACCACAGAUGAUAUUCAAAACUGCAACACCUGAAAAAGUGACGUAUGUAAACUCGCAAUCUCUUCCCUACAAUCAAAAUAGUAGUCAAGAACAAAAUCCAGAAGCAGAAUACACAGUACCUGCCCACUAUGUACCUCCUGUAGGCAAACAGAGGCCUCCAUAUUACCCUAGAAAUUAUCAUUCUCAUCCCAAACGAAUGGCAAAGUUAGAAAUCAAGCCAGAAAACUCGAGGAAGCACGUUGAAAUACAUGAAAGGAAGAAAUCCGUUUAG